GUUCGAGAUGGUGACAGUGAGAUGUCUUCUCUUAUUGAAAAAUUCUGUCAUAGUACACUCAUGUCUCCAAUCACUUCUGCCAGCAACAGUCUCUGGAUCAAGUUCAAGUCUGAUGCUUCUGUGCAAAGGGCUAGCUUCAGGGCCAUUUAUCAAGUUGCCUGUGGAGGCUCCUUGUCUGGAGCAGGCACUAUCCAUUCACCUUACUACCCCAGAAUGUCCCCUCACCCAAAGACUUGUGAGUGGAUCAUCUCCCAGCCAGCUAGCAAAGUGGUGAUUCUUAACUUUAUUGACUUUGACAUUCAAAAUAUAGCCACUUGUGACUCCGACUACAUUGAGGUCAGAGAUGGCAACAACUCAGACUCUCCUCUUUUGGAGAAAUACUGUGGUACAGCUGUACCAUCUAGAGUGCAAUCUACACGGAACAAUCUCUAUAUCAAAUUCAGAGCUUCCUCUCUUACCAACCUUGGCUUCAGAGCUGAGUACUGGCCAUUAGAUACAGUAUGUGGAGAGACUCUCACUGGACCAGAAGGAACCAUUACAAGUCCUGGUCAUCCAGAUGUCUACCCACAUGGUAUUAACUGUACCUGGAUUAUCAACAUUCAACCCGGCUACCUUAUCCGCCUGACAUUCACUUCAUUUAACUUGGCAUUUGAUUAUGGUUGCAGAAAGGAUUAUCUGGAAAUAUAUGACAACAGCACUGUGCAAAAAUUGGGAAGGUACUGUGGAAGAUCAGUUCCACCAUCUCUCACUAGUGGUGGCAAUGUGAUGACGUUGUACUUUGUGACCAAUCCUAGCAUUGCAUCUGAGGGCUUUUCAACUAAUUAUAUCUCCCUGGAUGCAUCAAAAGUGUGCUCACACAACUACAGUACUGAAACUGGUGUGCUGACAUCUCCAAACUAUCCCAAUAACUACCCUGUCCGGACAGAGUGCAUAUACACCAUCACAGUGGGAAUAAACAGACAGAUUGUGCUGCGCUUCACCAACUUCACCUUGGAAGGGAAUAAAGUCUGUACAGAGGAUUACGUAGAAAUCAGAGAUGGAGGCUAUGAAACUUCUCCUCCUCUUGGAAAAUACUGUGGUAGAGACCUGCCUCCUGUUAUAAUCUCUCAUAGUAACAAGCUGUGGAUAAAGUUUGUAAGUGACAUAUUUGGCACAACAAAGGGAUUUUCAGCAGAGUGGGAUGGUACAUCAGCAGGUUGCGGUGGGACUUUAACGACAUCUUCUGGUAUCUUCAUGUCUCCCAACUACCCUAUGCCAUAUUACCAUAAUUCAGAGUGCUACUGGUUGCUCAGAGGAAGCCGAGGAACCCCAUUUGAAAUCCAGUUUGAACAGUUCCAUCUAGAGUAUCACCCAAAGUGCAACUCCGAUUACCUUGCGGUAUAUGAUGGCAACAGCAGUAAUGCCAAACAGCUAGGUAAAUUUUGUGGGAAUCAGAUACCACAACUCAUCCAUUCCAGUGGAGACAGCGUGUAUGUAAAACUAAGGACAGAUCACAGUCUGCGAGGUGGAGGAUUUUUAGCUAAAUACAAACAGGUUUGCCAUGAAGUACUGACUGUUAAUCGUAGCCAUGGCGUAUUGGAAAGUUUAAAUUAUCCAAAUAAUUACCCAUUAAAUGAGCACUGCAAUUGGACUAUCCAAACUACAAAGGGGAACACACUCAACUAUAGCUUCACAGCCUUUGAUUUAGAACAUGGAUCUGACUGUAACCGUGACUUCUUGCAGCUCUAUGAUGGGCCUGAUGUACGAUCCAACCUGAUAGGCACUUUCUGUGGACAGUCUCUUCCACUGGCAGGGAGCACUACAGGGACUAGCCUUCAUGUGGUGUUUUAUUCUGACGGACUGAAUGCUAGAAGUGGGUUCCAGAUGCUGUGGCAUGUUAAUGCUGUCAAAGCAGAUGCUGAGGUAUGCCCUGGCUACCCCAACAGAUACCCAAGCAAUAGGGAAUGCAUCUGGUACAUUCACACAGCACCUGGUAGCAGCAUUCAACUCACCAUUCAGGAAUUCGACAUUGAAUAUCACCCAAACUGCAACUACGAUGUUUUGGAG